AACACUCGUGUCCCGCCAUCAGGUUCCUAUUACCCGCUCCCCGGCGGAGCGGCAGCCUAUAGGCGAGCAGCCUGCUGCCCUGGGCGGUCAAGUCGGGUCAUCCGGCAGCCAAGACUUCUCAGAUUUACACAACAAGAAUCUCAGAUGUUCUGAGUCUGACGACCCGGGCGGCUGGCAGGCACGUAGUGGCAUCAGCCUGAUCCUCUCCUCGUCCUCGUUUGUCAGGAGGUGCGACAAACCCUGCACACAAGAUGUCCAAACCUCAAAUGAACGGCUUCGCGAACGGGUUCGCGCCUCCCCUGAACGCGGCCAGCUCCCGGCUGCGGUGCGGCAUCUGCCAGCAGAAGUUCUCGGACCCGCGGGUCCUGCCGUGCCUGCACUCCUUCUGCUCGGCCUGCCUGCGCACCAUCGAGCCUUACGCCGUCGGCGGCGGCGCGGACGACCGGGACAGCGGCUCCAUGUCCGUCCUGAACGGCUCCAGCUUCUCCAUCUCCGUGAAGGGCCGAGACACCACCACCAUCCUGUGCCCGUCCUGCGACAUCGAGGUGGACAUCCCGAAGAACGGCGUGGAGGAGCUGCCCUCGGACUUCAUCAUCAACAACGAGCUGGUCAUCGCGUCGCUGAACCAGGAGGCGGAGCAGAUCCUGUGCGGACUCUGUACGGACAAUGUCGAGGGUUCUCGCGCCAUCGCGCGGUGCUUCGAGUGCUCGGUGAACCUGUGCGGGUUCUGCGUGCAGGCUCACAGGCGGCAGAAGAAGACGUCCGUCCAUAACGUCCUGACGCUAGACGAGGCCAGACAGAAGGGCGUGGGGAGGGUGAGCCAGCCGGUGGUCUGUGCCGUGCACCCUACCGAGGAACUGCGACUCUUUUGCCAGACAUGUGACAAGCUGGUGUGUCGUGACUGCUGCCUGGCGGAGCACAGAGAACACGAGUGCGCCUUCGUGUCCACCAUCAGCGACAAACACACCUCCGUCAUGCGCGAGCUUCUCAACCAGACCGAGCCCAACCUUGACAUCCUCCGGAAGGCCCUGGACGGCAUCGCGGCCAUGAGUCUCGCCGUUCGCGACCGCGCGGAGAAGGUGGCCAACGAGGUGCAGCAGUACACCGACUCGUACGUCAAGGCGCUGCUGAUGCACCGGGACGCGCUGUUGGACAGGAUCGACCAGCUUCGCGAGGCGAAGGAGCGGAACCUGCGGAUGCACCGCGUCCAGCUGGAGGCGAUCCUGGCAGACUUCUCCACGGCGUGCGACUUCACGUCCAAGGCGCUGCAGGACGGCUCCGAUGUGGAGCUGCUGAUGGUGAAACCAGUGGUCAUGAAGCGGCUACAGGAACUGAACCAUAUGAAGUAUAAUGUCAAGCCAAAGGAGGAUGACUUCAUGAAGUUUUAUCCCAAACAGCCGGCCGGCAUGUGUAACGGCUUCGAGGUCUUCGGCGGCAUCUCGGCCAAGAGUGUGGAUCCGGGCAAGUCCACUGCCAAGGGGGAAGGUCUGUACGUGGCGCGGCAGGGUCAGGAGGCGGAGUUUGCCGUGACGCUGCGGGACAGGGACGGGGAGCAGUGGCGCAGGGGCGGGGACGACAUGAAGGUCGACAUCAUCGAGAAGAACAAGAACGCUAAACUUCUGAGAUUCCCCUGGCUGAGAAAAAGGUGUAACAAGGUGGCUAUAUCCGACCGGCUGGACGGGAGUUUUCACGUGGCCUACACGGCAGACGAGUCCGGACACUACCUGGUCAGCGUUUCAGUAGGAGGGCAACAUAUACAGGGCAGUCCUUUCACGGUCUCAGUAAAGCCGAAGUGGAGAUCUCACACCGGUGUUUUUCACUGCUGCACGUUUUGCUCCAGCGGGGGGAACAAGGACAUCAGCUGUGGGUGUGGUGGGACUGUAACAGGUACUGGUGGUUACAAAGGUUGCGGACAUGGACACAUUGGGCAUCCUGGGAAGCCCCACUGGUCGUGCUGCGGCUCUACCGAGGAGAAAGCUGAGUGCACACGGCCCCCCUCCAUCAGCAAACACGUCACCGUCUGAGCUCUGCGCCUGCGCACGUUCGACACGCCGCCAUUUUGUUUAUGACCCUAUUAACCUUGUUUGUCAGUAACGUUACCUCUAACAUUCUGUAAUUUGUAAACUUAAGUUACUUUGGAGUCGCAUGACAGAAUGUUUUCUAAUCUACACGGUUAGCUAAUAUUGUAUCCUCAGAUGACACGAGCGGUCUUGUGGGUAGUAUUUUGAGGUAGAAUGCCGGGAUUUUGGAUAUCAAAAUUAUAGUAUUUGAUGUAUUGUUUAAAGCUAGAGGGGUAAUGAACAUGCAUUGUCACGAAUAUAGAAAUGGUUGGAGUCCCUAAAAAUGGAAGGUUGUGAAUUUACGUAUCUGUAUGAGUAAAUGGCAGGGGAAUUGCUCGAGUGAAAAUUCUUCUCCAUAUUAGUUACUAAUACUUGUAGAUAAAUGUGUAUCUUAUCGCUCAAUAUCUUCUACUCAUCGUGUACUUUUUGACGGACAAGCAAUAACAUUUUGUUGUGAUUCUCUUGCUUUGAAACAUAUCUGUUUAGCAUGUAUCAAUUAUUUCAGCAUAUAGAUUACAUGGCAACAUAUUACGAUACAGUCACAGGGCUGGAUUUCAAGCAAUGAUAUUGUAUAUAUUUCAAUCUGCUCUGUGCACAAUGCUAUUUUCGCUUACCUCUAACAAAUACUAGCGCAAUCUGAAACUACUGAAAUUCACUUGCAUUCCAAAUGUUUAACUAUAUGCUAAGCAUAAGAGCGUAUAAUAGUACAUAUGAGAAUAUUAGCAGCUCUCCAAUGGCGUUGAAAUGGAUCUUGUAUGCCACUCUGUUAGAUGUAGUUUCUGGAAACUGUUGUUUGAGAUUGUGUACAUAAAUCAUUUGGCGUACAAUACUGCUUAUUCAUAACGUUACAAACAUUGGAUGAAUUUUGUGGUGAUUUAAAAAAACGAUGUUGUUCAUCCGGACUGGUUUUGUGGCAGUAUUGCGAAGUUUAACAUGUGAAUAGACCUGGAGAGUGCAAACGAAUUGUUGUGUAAAGGACAGUAUGAAAAUCAUGACAAUCAACAGUGAUAUAAGACAUAUGAUGAGGCUAAAUUACGACAUUGCUUUCUACCAUUGUCAAUAAAGUUAUAUUUGCUGGCUACAAGCGUUGCAGUCUUCUUUAUGUGCUUUUCCCGCUAAUAUCACGCUAC